UUUUUAUUUAAACUAAUUCGAAACGAUUCUAAUCAGUACAUUGCUGUUUUACGUCACCUUAGUAACAAACAAAUACUUUACACAAUGGCUGCAGCGACAAAACGCAUUUAUGAAGCACGCGCCAAGUAUCCAGAUCGCACAAAAUUGCAAGAAAACGCCUUUGGAGGUAUAACGAUUACGAUAAGCAAAUUGGAAACCGCUUUAUUGUUGCUUAAUUCUAAGGAGGACCUAGUGCUGCAGUCUGUACUCAAUAAUAUUGCCGAAUUUGCUCGCAAAUGGGAUGAAAAUGUGCUUGAGCUGAAGGAGAAUCGCGUAUUGGAGCUAUUGCUGGACAAAGAGUUUUUCAUUGAUUCAACCAAUGUAAUAAUACGACGAUUCGCGUUGUUUGUGAUCACAGCCAUUCUGGAUAACACAGAACUGGGUGAAUACGAAACGGAGAAGACAGCUCAAUUGCUCGAUGUGAGCUAUCGCUAUUAUCUGAAGGACAAUGAUGACUUUUGUGUCGAGUAUCUCACGUACAUCAUCAACUUGUGCCUUCGCGAUCCUCAGGUGGCACAGAAUAUUCUCGAAAAUAUUGACUUUCUGGAAAAGUUCAAGAACAUCUUUGUGAACUCGGAUAAUCCCGAUACUGUUUACAAUUCCAUUGAGGCUUUGCACAAGAUUCUCCAAGUACAGAGUGCCGAGGAGAUGCUGACAUUUACCACACUUCCCGGCUUUCCAGUGGAUCGCAUCAUCUGUGAGCUGACAAAUGAAUUUCUGGAGAUUCGUCUGGCCGCGUUGAAGGUGCUGAAGACUCUCCUCGCAGACACCAGUGAGGAGAGCAUCUUCGAGCCACUGCAUCGCUGUCUCUUUGUUCUGCAGCAGCUGGUCAAGGCCUUCUGCAGCAAUCCCCAAUCGCCCGAUGCUCUGGGUAUCAUCGAGGUGUUGGCAACGGCGCUGCGCUCUGAAAAGAUGACCAAUCUGUUCUUUAAGCAGAAUCUCUUCGAGCAGAUGGUGGAGCAGAUGAAAAUAGACAUUGAAAUGCUGCGGCCCGAAGUCAUUUGCACCAUUAUCUCCAUCUACGCCGAGGCUGCCAAAUAUCAGUCGUAUCUGGGACGGAUGCAUAAUGCCAACAUAACCCAGAUGUUUAUUGAUUGCCUGAUGAAGAGCAAACCUGAACCGGCUCCCUUUGUCAUCAUGGGGAUCAAUCGCAUGAUUGAGUAUCCCGAUGCACUGCGCCUGGUUGUCGCCGAGUACGAGAAGGGUGCGCUGACCCAUCUGGUUAAUCUGAUUCGUUCGCCUCAGAUCUCGAUCAAAACACGGGAACAGGCCGCUGAACUUGUUGGACAUUUGUUAACAAGCGCCUUCAAGAUUACGGGAGAGCAGCUGAUGCUCAUGGACAUUGGCGUCGGACUGGCGAAUACCAUACAACAGGGAUUGCCACAGUUGUCCAUUGACCUGAUACUCUCGAUCCUCGCGAUCAUCGAGGGAUUGGCCAGUAACGAUGAAUAUCGCAAGACGCUGGGCGAAUGCAUUGCGCUCUCUGAGAAGAUUGCUCAGUUGCUUAUGCGCUCCUAUGCCCACUCGAUACUCGUGCACAACAUCUUCCGCUGCCUGUGCACCAUCAUUGACGAAGAGCCCGUUCGAGCCACACUGCUUAACAACUUCAUUGUGUCCUCGAUCAAGCGCGCGCUCAAAUCUCUGUCCAAUCUAGUGAAGACCGCCGUGACCAACUUUAUACUGCAGACGACACGCUUCAAUGAGUUUGUGGAUGCCUACAUAGAUCGCGGCAUACUAGAGACGCUAAUGAUGUUCCAGAAGCAUGCCUUCUGCGUGUCCACCUGGGGUCCGGCUAUCGAGAGCAUCUUAUCCAAAUGCCCCACCAUGAAGUUCUCAAUACGCAAUUGCUUGACCUUCACAGAUAUUACGGCUGGCAAGGACUUCUAUGUGUCAAAACGCAAGUUCGAAGACUUUCGACAGUUCCAGCACCUGUUGCGUACCGACUGCUCGCCGCUGGAGGCUGUGCUGGUGGUCAACUUUGAUCGUCCCUUUGCGGAUACGAACGAUGUUAUUCGCGUUCCGGAGCAUUGCCUGCAUGGCGCCGAUGUCGGUGGCGAUCAGACUUGGCACUACUGCAAGCGACCUGGUGAUGCCAAGCUGCCCGAGUAUUUGGAGGCUCUGAAUCAGACGUUGGCGUUGCAUGGACUGGUGGAGAAUCCAGAUCGCAUUCGACGCAGCAUUGACUUUGAGAACGUCGCCAAGCGAUGCAAGAUCGUUGCAGAUGCCGUCAACGGCGUCAUGUCCGAGAACAUCAAGAUACUCGAUCUGAACACCACCGAGGAAUGCUCUCGCCACACGGUGCGUUGUCAUUUGGCCGAGCUGCGUCACAUUUACCACACCAAUUUCAUUCCACUCGGCGUGGUGCGCAGUGGUUGCCAGUUUGAGCGCGCCAUACUCUUCAAGUGCUUCGCAGAUCAAAUUGGUUUGCCCUGCACCCUGCAGCGCAGUGUCGACGGUCGCAUGUUGUACAACGAGGUGCCACUGCCUCUCGAGCUGGAGCAGGAUAUUCAUUGCGAUAAGAAGACACUGAAGUUCAUGCCCUGGCGCAUGCUGCGUCCCACGCACAUUGUCGAUCUCAUGUACAACAUUGGCGAACUCUAUCCCAUGCAGAGUCGCCAGGCGUUGCAGUACCUGCGUCUCUAUUGAAUAUCCUUCGGGAUUUCUGUUUAUAUGUUUAUCCAAAUUUAUCGGUUUAUUGCAAAAUAAUGCUGACACAGCAAA